AUGGAUAAACUUGCAUUUACGGCGUUGGUUUACAUCCUUCGCAUUAUACCCAUGUUUAUCAGUUUACUUGGGAUUUAUUGCUUAUAUCAACAGAAAAGGAGACGAGAUAACCAAAAAUUAUUUCUGUAUGCUCUAAGCACUGUUGAAAUCAUUAUGGGUGGAUUUUGGAUAACAUUAAGGUCUCUAACACUAAUAGUAUCUUCAUCUACAAGCGUUAGAAGGAUAAUAAUUGCUUUUUAUGGCAGUGUGAAUAUAACUUUUUAUUUAAUAAUGAUUUGCAUAACACUUGAUAGAUUAGCCUGUGUUGUACUUCAUAUCAAAUAUAAUUACUACAUUACCAGUACAGUUGUAAAGAAAGUCAUAUUUAUUUGCUGGAUUGUGGGAUUUGCCUGUGCAAUACCAUUACUCGCUACAAAUGAAGCAUUGAGUAGCAAAAUAAUUUAUGUUUAUGGAUUUACAAUUGCGGAUGGAAUCUUCGUUUUCACUGCCGUCGUUACGUAUACUGCAAUAAUGUUAUUAUUAAAGCACCAUCGAAAAACAGUCGAAAAAAUGCAAAAUAAGAAUAAAAAUUUUAGAAAACAACAUUUGAUACCUUGCUUAAUCGUGGCAUCUUUUAUUCUAUUCUAUUGCAUUCCAGACACAAUUUUGACUGUAAAAGACAAAAGUGAGAACUUGUUGCAAAUUGUAACUAUAUUUUGGUCAUUUGGUUUUAUAUCAGAUCCUGUAAUAUACAUAUUUUUACAUAAAGAGUCAAGAAAUAUUGCAUUAAAUACACUCAAAUGUAAAAUAGGUUCUGUAAGCUUAGGUAACAGUGGCUGUACAGAACGUAAACAAAGAAAAGUUAGUUCCAUGACAGUUAAAACUAUGGAAACUAGUGAGGUGUUCGUGAUGAAUACAAAAUCUGAAAGUAAUACCAUUGAAAAGGAAUUGAAAGCAUAA